AUGCAGACGCCAUCUCAAAUCGUUUCCUUGGAGCUUUCCCCGCCAGGAGAAGAUUCGGGGUCUGGCGGGCUAGCAAAGUCUCAAUCGCUGCAGAAGAUAGUCCGUUUCGAUUUAAAGGAAGAAGGGAAUCAUGUCCUUGCAGUCAGCGUUAGUUAUACCGAAACCACUCUGGCGCCACAAGGUCAAGAAACCUCUCCUGGCUCCGGCGUUGGUGCCGUACAGGCGGCAAGCGGACGGGUACGCACGUUCCGGAAGCUCUACCAAUUCAUUGCACAGCCGUGUUUAAGUGUGCGGACAAAGGCGACGGAACUGACACCGCUCGAAGUGGAUAAUCGAGCGCUUGGCCCCUAUGGAAAGGCGCGAUUACUGAGAUACGCGCUUGAGGCUCAACUGGAGAACGUCGGGGAUGGAGCGAUAUCUCUUGGAGUUGCAUUCUUGGUGGAACAAGAACACGGACAGCAGGAGGGCCUUGAAGAAUUGACUAAUUUUAUGGCCGGCUGGUUCGUAUAUGUCGAUCUCCCAGUUGGGGCUUGA